AUGGUUAAAAAGAACCGGCUCCUUGAAGCGGAUAAUGUCGAUUUGAGCCAAGACAAUGCCCGUUUUACUUCGAGGCUCAGUGAACUCGAUGCCACUAUCUCCCAACUUCGAAGUGAACUUGAUUCGGUCAAGGCCGAUGCCGUGAAGAUGGAAGAGAAGCAUCAACUGCUUGAAUCCGAGAACGUUAAAGAUAAGGAGAAGUUGAGGGUAGUUGAACAGAAAGCCGAGGCUCACGCCUGGAUUAGUGACGAGCUCAAGAGAACAUUCGAGGAGGCAGCCGAGGCCAAUGACAUGCUUCAGGCCGAUCUUGUGUCGGCUAACCAAAUUCAAAGAAUUCUCGAUGAAGAGAGAUCAGAACUAACAGCUAAAUUGGCAAAAGCUGAGGUCGACUUAGAAGAGUCUCUUAAGGACGUGGAGGCUGCUGAGGCUCGUACAACGAUUGUGGUCGAGUAUGAAUGGUGGAAAUCCCGGAGGAUUACCCUCGAACAGGCUCAACAAGGGUUCGGGGCCCUCCAGGCUUGGAUACUUGAAGCCAAAGCAAUCGAGAAGGAGGCUAAGAAAGCCCUUGAUGCCGAGUCUGCGAAUUCCGAGCGAACGAUUUUCGAGAACUCCGGCUUCAACCGUACCGGGUAG